CAGUGGAUGGAGUCGAGUCGGAAGAUCAUGUUACAUAAUUUAUUUAUAACACGUAGACUACUACAGUGUAGAUCUACUGUGUAGUAAUCACUGGAAAGGUUUUCGGAGUUAGGUGGUCGUCGUGUAGCCAGCGUGAUCUCCCACGCAUGGUCUGUGGGCUCACGAGCGUUAGGUUGGCUGAGUAACUGGUAACGCUGCUUGCCGACUGUUGGCAUCCUCCACUCUCCAGACCCGAGGGAAGUAAUUACUUCGGAAGACAGCGUCGUAGAUCUACAGCCUGCCGAGAGAAAACGAAGAGUCACGGCUAUUGAUGAGCACAAUGGCAUCACAAUUCUCCACGGGCAACGUCGUCAACGUCUUCUCCGCAAUCUCGGUGUGUUUGAUUGGCUUGGCGGGGGUAGCCAGCAGCGCCACCAGCGCCGCACCAUUGCCUGAAGCCGACUGUAAGAGCCUGAAUGCUGGCAAGUUGGCGACGCAAGUGUUUGCCAAGUCCAAAGCCACGCUCUUGCGGAACAUCGGCGACCAACUGCUGAAGGAUGGUCGGGAAUACAUGUACUCGACGUUGGCGGAGGACAAGACGGUGCUGCGACUUCAUGCACGCAGCGACUCGUUUCUCUUUGUGGACCGAGUUCCUGAAAACGAUACGUGGUUUCUUCCCGCCUCGCUCGAAUGCAUUCGCAAUCGACUUGUGUUUGCCGGCUUCUACACACUGACGAAUGGCCCGGAUUCUCUAUUCGAGUCGACCUGCCCUGCAGAUAAAUUACAGUGUUCAGUGGAAGGCGAAGCCGACAUGACCUUGAAGACUGGGAGAAAGACGGCCACUGUGACAUUGAAGCCUGGAGACUGCUUGUAUAUUCCGCGCGGGCAAGCGGUGAGCACUGAAGGCAGCUGUCUGCUUGUCACGUGGCUCUGGUCACCGCUGGACGGCGUGACGUUUGAUUCGCAGCAGUGCAGCAAGCGAGCGCGCCAGAGGGCCAAGCUCGACAAGAAGAGGGCCAAGUGCGAGAAGAACACGCCGGGAGCAGCAGCAUGUUCUGACGGCAGAGAGCACUCGCUUGCAGGCGCAUCGCCGGUCCUACUCAUGUCACACUAUCUGAAAUCCACCGCAUGCUCAGCGGCUGCUCAUGACCCAGACUUUGUGCAACUGCUCGAGACACACUUCAAGCAGCUGGCCAGCAAUGAUGAAUUGCAAAAAGCAGCCAAGUCGUGCCACGACGCACUUCUGGAAACAGACCCGAUGGAUUGCAAUUCAAAGCAAUCACUGGCAGCCAUACAGAAGUUGGCCAAGCAAUUUGUGAGGCAUAGAAUUUUCUCCCCUUCUGACGACUACGUAACAUCAUCCAUGUGCAGAUCCAGCAUUGGAGGCAAAGGCUCGAAAAUUGUGCAUGCCAUCCAACAAGAUGCUCCCGCAAAGGUGUCCUUCUUUGAAAAAAAUACUCGUGUACAGGCAGUGGAAAUACGUGACGGGCCAACAUCACCAAAGGAGUUUUUCUCACAGUACGCACACCCCAGUGGUCAGGCCCGGCCUGUCAUUCUCAAGGGACUGGCCAGAGCCCAACCUGCAUACCAGCAGUGGCGGGAUGCUUACCUGGUCAGGAAAAUCUCCAGGCCAGAGAAGAAGUUGACGUCAGAUGAAGUGCUGAACAGGAUAUCCGACCUGCUGGAGUCGGCUGGCUCUGGGUUGAAUGGCGUUCUGCCUAGAGCGCUAUGGGGUGAUAUCCACAUUCCACAGCCACUGUGUAAUGGUCAGGUGUUGCAACGCAUGGGUGGGUGCUCUAUGAGAACUGCAGUGAAGCUGGCACUGACUAUAAUGGAUGACUUGCAUUACGAGAUGGGUGAUAUGCUGCAAUGCCAGCUGGACGGCUACGCCAGAUAUGUCCUCAUGGAGCCGAAAUAUGCGGACACGCUUCCAAUGGAAGACAUCGGACGCACUUGCCCGGUGGAUUUCGAUGAUGUAGAUCGGGUAAAGUACGGUAUACUCCUGGACACCCCCUGGGUUUUAGGCAUCGUGGAGCCAGGAGAUUGCAUUUACGUACCCUAUGGAUGGUUGAGGUACACAACCUACCACCAGCGCACACUGGCCGUCGACUUCACCUGGAAUCCAUUGGUAGAUGCACCGUCCACAUGGCCGGAUGCAGAUGUUCUUUCAAACUGCUCGUACGAUGGAACAGCUAUUGAUCCCGCGGAGGAAUUUAGGUUCCAGAUCUUGGAAGGCAUAGGUACGGGUGACAUCAGCCUGGAUGAACUGCAAACACUGAUGAGUGAAGAUCUGCAAAUAAGCAAUGCAACGUCCGCAGCUGCAACACUAAUUAACGCAGGGGACAGCAACUCGGACAAGACCCUCUCCAACAAAGAGAUAUUGGCGCUAAGCCGUGAUGUCCUGAGUGAAAUCAGCGCUCUCAACCAUUGGAAACCAUCUGUGCUAGAGUCAUCAGACGACUCGCAGGACACUUUCGAAAACGAUUCACCGACACCAGAGUCGGAAACAGAUGCAGAGCACGAUGAGCUGUGAUCACGAUGAACACAACCCUGUACACUUGGAUUGCCUAUCCCCGGCACUGGGCAUUGCAGAUACCUCAGUCGCACGUCACUGGUCUUUUCACAGUGCAUUGGCAUGGUUGUGAUCGUGAUCAUCUCCACCAGUUACCCAGCACUGCAGUGUCAGUUCGCUGUAGCUACCUCAGUGAAUGACUAACGGCCAGCUCAACAAUUGCCAGUUGAGCAAAUUCAUUUUUUUAAAGUUGCCGAGCAGCCUCUUCAGCUAACUUGCCAUUGCCAGUCUGCUGGGUAUGCAUGCAUGGUAGCAACCCGUUUAGUGGCAGUUUUGGACCCGAUGACACUUGAUUCAAACAAUCAGCUCUUACGCUAAGAGUUACCGAACUCCACCACACCCGUCUAAACUUUGAAAAAAAUCAGUUUGAUUGGUACUGA